CGGACGCAGGGUUCCGGGCUGGGGCUGGGAGGCCCGGAUGUCCCUCCGGGUCCCGGGACGCAGGGUUCCGGGCUGGGGAUGGAGGACCCGGAUGUCCCUCCGGGUCCCGGGACGCAGGGUUCCGGGCUGGGGAUGGAGGACCCGGAUGUCCCUCCGGGUCCGGACGCAGGGUUCCGGGCUGGGGCUGGGAGGCCCGGAUGUCCCUCCGGGUCCCGGGACGCAGGGUUCCGGGCUGGGGCUCGGAGGCCCGGAUGUCCCUCCUUGUCCCGGACGCAGGGUUCCGGGCUGGGGCUGGGAGGCCCGGAUGUCCCUCCUUGUCCCGGGACGCAGGGUUCCGGGCUGGGGAUGGAGGACCCGGAUGUCCCUCCUUGUCCCGGGACGCAGGGUUCCGGGCUGGGGAUGGAGGGCCCGGAUGUCCCUCCUUGACCCGGGACGCAGGGUUCCGGGCUGGGGAUGGAGGACCCGGAUGUCCCUCCGGGUCCCGGGACGCAGGGUUCCGGGCUGGGGAUGGAGGACCCGGAUGUCCCUCCGGGUCCCGGGACGCAGGGUUCCGGGCUGGGGAUGGAGGACCCGGAUGUCCUUCCUUGUCCCCGGACGCAGGGUUCCGGGCUGGGGCUGGGAGGCCCGGAUGUCCCUCCUUGUCCCGGGACGCAGGGUUCCGGGCUGGGGAUGGAGGGCCCGGAUGUCCUUCCUUGUCCCGGGACGCAGGGUUCCGGGCUGGGGAUGGAGGACCCGGAUGUCCUUCCUUGUCCCCGGACGCAGGGUUCCGGGCUGGGGCUGGGAGGCCCGGAUGUCCCUCCUUGUCCCGGGACGCAGGGUUCCGGGCUGGGGAUGGAGGACCCGGAUGUCCCUCCGGGUCCCGGGACGCAGGGUUCCGGGCUGGGGAUGGAGGACCCGGAUGUCCCUCCGGGUCCGGACGCAGGGUUCCGGGCUGGGGCUGGGAGGCCCGGAUGUCCCUCCGGGUCCCGGGACGCAGGGUUCCGGGCUGGGGCUCGGAGGCCCGGAUGUCCCUUCUUGUCCCGGACGCAGGGUUCCGGGCUGGGGCUGGGAGGCCCGGAUGUCCCUCCUUGUCCCGGGACGCAGGGUUCCGGGCUGGGGAUGGAGGACCCGGAUGUCCCUCCUUGUCCCGGGACGCAGGGUUCCGGGCUGGGGAUGGAGGGCCCGGAUGUCCCUCCUUGACCCGGGACGCAGGGUUCCGGGCUGGGGAUGGAGGACCCGGAUGUCCCUCCGGGUCCCGGGACGCAGGGUUCCGGGCUGGGGAUGGAGGACCCGGAUGUCCCUCCGGGUCCCGAGACGCAGGGUUCCGGGCUGGGGAUGGAGGACCCGGAUGUCCUUCCUUGUCCCCGGACGCAGGGUUCCGGGCUGGGGCUGGGAGGCCCGGAUGUCCCUCCUUGUCCCGGGACGCAGGGUUCCGGGCUGGGGAUGGAGGGCCCGGAUGUCCUUCCUUGUCCCGGGACGCAGGGUUCCGGGCUGGGGAUGGAGGACCCGGAUGUCCUUCCUUGUCCCCGGACGCAGGGUUCCGGGCUGGGGAUGGAGGACCCGGAUGUCCCUGCCUGGCCCGGGACGCAGGUGGCCCGCAGGUGGUCAUGGUUCCUGUGCAGGUGGCAGUACUGGGGUGUCCCCCGGACGCCCCCCAUGUGGCAGCCACCUGUGUGCUUCCCAGGGCCCCGGGGAGAGCCCAGCGUCCAGGAUCCCCGCAGGGCGGUCCCCGGUCCGUGACCCUGGCGCCCUUUCCCCCUAGAGUGCGACCCGGAGGAGGGCGCGAGCUCGCCUGCCUGGCGGACGUCGCUGCCGAUCGCGCUGGGGACGCUGCUGGCCGUGCUCUGUGUCUUCCUCAUCUGCAGAAGGUAUCUGGUGAUGCAGAGACUAUUUCCCCGCAUCCCACACAUGAAAGACCCCAUCGGUGACAGCUUCCAAGACGACAAGCUGGUGAUCUGGGAGGCGGGCAAAGCCGGCCUGGAGGAGUGUCUGGUAUCUGAAGUACAGGUGGUGGAGAAAACUUGAGACCGGGGUUCAAGACCUGCCGGGGGCUGCCUCAAUCUCCCGGGCCGGGCCAGGCACCUGCACAGCCUGGCUGCUGGAUGCAGUGCAGGAAUGGACGUUCCUAAUGGGUGGGUGGGCGUGGGACACACCUGUGUAAUUUACUCCGAAGCUGCCAGGAAGAGGAAAGAACAGAACUUGGUGUGUUUACUUCAUGAUAAAAGUGUUUUGUUUUUUUUUUUACACCCACUCACUGGUCCCUGGACUGUUUCCACUUUUUUUUUUUUUUUUUGGAGUCUCGCUCUGUCGCCCAGG